CAGAAGCUCAGCUCAGUGGCAGAAUCCAGGAGCCCACAGGGUGCAGGUGCCAAGAUGACAGUCACUGUAGGAACUCCCUGGGGCUGGUUCUUGGGGAACUUCAUCCUUGGGGUCACAGGAUCCCUGGCCUCAAGUCUCAGCAGCCGCAUCGUACAGGGCGAGGACUGCAUGCCCCACUCACAGCCCUGGCAGGCCGCGCUGUUCGCGGAAGACGGGUUUUUCUGCUCGGGAGUCCUGGUGCACCCCCGGUGGGUGCUGUCCGCAGCGCACUGUUCGCAGGACUCCUACAUGGUGGGCCUGGGCCUGCACAGCCUGGAAGCUACCCAAGAGCCAGGCAGUCGGAUGAUAGAGGCCUCCAUCUCCAUCCCGCACCCUCAGUACAACGAUCCACCUUACGCCAACGACCUCAUGCUCAUCAAGUUGGACCAAUUCGUGAUGGAGUCUGACACGGUCAAGAGCAUCAGUAUAGCCUCCCAGUGUCCCAUCCCCGGGGAUUCGUGCCUGGUCUCUGGCUGGGGUCGAAUGGGGAACGGCAGACUGCCCAGCCUGCUGCAAUGCGUGAACCUCUCGGUGGCACCUGAGGAGACCUGCCGUGAGAUCUAUGGCCCUGUGUACCACCAGAGCAUGUUCUGUGCAGGAGGACAGGACCAGAAGGACUCAUGCCAUGGGGAUUCUGGGGGACCCAUAGUGUGCAACAGGUCCCUGCAAGGACUAGUGUCUUUGGGACAAGGAGAAUGUGGCCAGCCUGGCAUACCAAGUGUCUACACCAACCUCUGCAAGUUCACUGACUGGAUCCAGAGAAUCAUAUUGACCAGAUAGCCAUGGGACUGGACCAAGACCACAGCACAUGUGCCCUGUUGAAGGGGUGCAGAAACAUGGGCUCCUCCCGAACCUCCUCCCACAGACCCAUGAGUUCAGAUCCAGGAGCAGAUCCCCACUUGGAUCUUACCCCGUGCACAGCACCCUCAAGGGCCCAGUGUUGACCCAGCCUUGGCACAUGUAAAGGUUGAUUUGCCAUGUUUUGGUCCCUUUCCCACAGAUCCAAAAAUAAAGUUUAAGACUGUU